AUGUGUGAUCAUAGGAAAGCAAAUUUAUGGCUUUUUUGGAAUUGUUCACUUUCUCCUCCUUCAGUUAUUUUAUUUACCAGACAAUGUAUCACAAUAGAGAUUGGAGGGGGUUUGGUCACUGGAAUUCAUGCAGAUGUGAUUACUGUGAAUAGAAGAGAAUUAUGGUCUGAUUUGCUCACUAUAAGUAAUCUAAAUAAAUCAUGGUUGGUUUUAGGGGACUUUAACACAAAAAAGGGUGGAAGGAGUCCUCUUACUUCAGCUCUUAAUGAUUUUAAUGAAUGGAUAGAUCAAUGUGGUCUACUUCAGGCUCCCAAAAGCAGAGGGAUUUCAGAUCACAACUGUCUUAUUGGAACUGCUGCAGAUUUUCUUAAGCCUAAUAAUGCACCAUUUAGAUUUCAGAAGAUGUGGUUGUCACACCCUGAUUUUAUGAGCAUAGUCACUGAAUCUUGGAAUGGACAGAUUGCUGGGAAUCCAAUUUUCAUUUUUAUGAACAAACUGAAGAAUUUGAAGAUAAUUUCAAAAAAAAUGGAAUUGGGAGAUUUUUGGGAAUCUAGAGGUAUCAGAGAUAUGGCAGCUCAAAAUUAUCACACUAUGUUGAGUCAAAAGGCAAGAGUGAAUUGGAUCAAAUUUGGUGAUGCAAAUACUGAAUUCUUCCAUACUCAGGUUGAACUCGGACAGGCAAAGAAUAAUAUUGCAGAACUUGAAGAUACUUAUGGAGCCAUUGUGACAAAUAAGCAGUCUAUUGAAAAUAUACUUCUCAACCAUUUCAAGGAGAAAUUUGCAACACAACCAGUAAAUAUAUCUGAAAUUUUUUUAUCAGCAAUUCCUGAUAUUGUCAACUCAGGAGAUAAUAAAAUACUAGAGAAGAUUCCUUCUCAAGAAGAAAUUAAAGAGGCAGUUUUUUGUCUUAAUCAAGAUGGUGCUCCUGGACCAGAUAGUUACACUGGUGCAAAAAAAGCUUCACAGUUCAGACCUAUUGGUCUAAGUAACUUUUGUUUCAAGAUAUUUACAAAGAUUCUAACUAUAAGAAUGAGAAACUUACUACAAAAGAUUAUUUCUCCACAACAAUGUUCCUUCAUCAAAGGAAGAACUAUCCAUGAACAAGUCUUGUUAACCUCAAAACUUGUUAAUGAAAUGAAUACUAAUAGAAGAGGUGGAAAUGUGGCCUUAAAGUUGGAUAUAUCUCAAGCUUAUAACACUGUGAGCUGGGAUUACUUAAUAGCAGUGCUAAAGAAAUAUGGUUUUUCAGAGAGAAUUACAAAUUGGAUUUUGGUGCUUCUAAAAACAACAAAAUUUUCUAUUAUGGUGAAUGGGAGUCCUGUUGGAAAGUUGACUCAACUAAUUCAGGAGAGGAAAAUUCAACCUAUGGUCAUCAGAAAAGGUAUCUUCCCUUCACAUUUAUUCUUUGUUGAUGAUAUUUUUAUCUUCUGCAACGGAUGUAAGCAAACUCUGGUGAACCUAAAACACUUACUCAUUGAAUACCAAAAUGCUUCUGGACAACUUGUUAGUGCUGCUAAGAGCAAAAUCUUUGUUGAUGGAACUUCUGGCACAAGAAAAACUCAGAUUGCAAAAUGUAUGAACAUGAAAUUGUCUGAUUUUCCUGAUAAAUAUUUGGGUGUAUUACUGGUUAAAGGAAAAGUCAAAACUGAACAUCUUUGGUCCUUUGUUGAAAUGUUGCAAAAGAGGCUGGCUACUUGGACAUGCAAACUCUUAAAUUUUCAAGCGAGUUUAACUCUUAUAAAAUUUGUACUCAGCCGUAUACCUCUGUAUAAUAUGUCUAUAUAUAGAUGGCCUAGAAAAAUGAUUGAGGCUUGUGAAAGAAUUUUAAGGAAUUUUCUAUGGAGUGGAAAUGCUGAAGAACAGAAAUACAUCAUUAUAGCUUGGGACAAAGUAUGUGUUCCAUUGGAGGAAGGAGGGCUAGGAAUUAGAAGAUUUGAAGAUAUUAACAAAGCAUUAUUGAUGAAAUUACUGUGGAAAAUUCUUAACUCAAAUGAAGAAUGGGAAAAAUUCUUCUUAGCCAAGUAUAACGAUAAAAAUGGUCUGUGGAUUUCAUAUUAUAAGCAAUCAUCAGUAUGGAUAGGUAUAAAAUGGAUUAUUCCGGAGUUUGAAGAAAACACAAGAUGA